UUACUGCGUCCGUCGGCUGGCAGCCUCCGCUGUAACAGCACGCUGCUCUCCCGAGAAGGACGCCGAGAGAUUCCCCCCUCCACACACACCCGCUUCUCCUAGGGAGCCAGGAGAGGGCUCAUCUCCGAGCACGGAGUCUGUUCGUCUUCUGAGGAUGGAGAUUUACAAGCCUGGACGGUGCCUGGUUACAGAGGUGCACUAAAGAGUUAGAAAGAAACAUCAGAUCUGUUGCGCUGUGGAGGGGUGACUCUUCCCCCCCUCCCCCGCCCCAAACAAACGGCAAACCCAGCUCAAACCUUUCUGCCUCCUGCAACAAACUUCACCUCCUCCCCCCUCCCGCGAGAAUCCCCCUUUCCUCCUCCCUCCAUGCUCCUUCCUUCUGAGACUGUAGGAUGAAGCAUUUCCUUCUAUCUGGCUGUGGGUAAAAGCGUACCCUGGGGGCAGUGGCACACAUCUGGCAAGGACUGAAAGGUUUAAAUCCAGCCUCCACUGCAAUCAACAAUGGCAAACGAACCGGUGAUUCUGAAUGUUUAUGAUAUGUACUGGAUAAAUGAAUACACCUCCACCUUGGGGAUUGGUGUCUUCCACUCUGGCAUUGAGAUCUACGGCAGAGAGUUUGCCUAUGGAGGGCAUCCCUACCCUUUCAGUGGGAUAUUCGAGAUCACACCUGGCAGCGCGGUAGAACUUGGCGAGACCUUUAAAUUCAAAGAAUCCAUUGCCUUGGGCACCACAGACUUCACAGAAGAGGAUGUGGAUAAAAUUAUGGAAGAGCUGGGCAAGGAGUACAAAGGCAACGCAUACCACCUGAUGCACAAGAACUGCAAUCACUUCUCUGCUGCUCUUGCUGAGAUCCUAUGUGGGAAAGAGAUCCCUCGCUGGGUGAACCGCCUGGCCUACUUCAGCUCGUGCAUCCCCUUCCUCCAGAGCUGCCUCCCCAAGGAGUGGCUGACCCCAGCAGCCCUGCAGAGCCACAUCAGCCUCGGCCUCCACAAGGAGGAGCAGGGGGACACAACAGAUGAGGAGUCCCCCUCCACCUCUGCAACCCCCUCAGCCUCAGGCACCUCGCGAACCUGUAGACAUACCCGUGUCUAAGCUGUGUCCAGUAUGCCCUUGAGCACCAUUCCCUUCUCUCUAGUACUAUUUAUUUUUGAUGCACCCUUUCGCACACCUUGGUUUCUCGCUCCUAUUUUUCUUCACCUGACAAUGCAGUGGGAGGAAAGUCCCCUUCUACUGAGGUGGUGAAGCUGCAGUCCCUUUUCAAAGGGCUGCCGUGGUAGUUGCUUGGCAAAAUGACUGUGAACGCCAACACUGAGAUGAGGAGUGUGGUGACUAAACUGGAUUCUCCUCCCAGGGCCUGUAUGCCCCUCGAUCCACAGUGAACUGUUGGCUCUCUAGGGCAUGAGAGCAUGCAUAUGGGCAGGAGAUCACCAUACUGUGAAGUUCCUUGUCUGGAACUGUUUUAUCUUUUUAUCUUUUCCUCCACCCACUUAAGCCCCACUUAAGCCCACCAGCCUCCUCUCCAUUUUGGCUGGGGUUGCCAUUCCCCUGAGACAUAUUUCCUGUCCACACCCACUGAAGGAAGCAGAGCCAGAGCUCAACUUUCUUAUCUCUUAGACCAGCAACCAGCUCCAGUCAGCCCCCUCCCACCCUUUUGUAAUUACCAAGUUUCUUAAUCAUUUGAAGGACAAAUGAAAGGUGCUGCUGUUCUACAACUACCAGUUUUCAGUACUCAAAUUUAAGACCUCGAAUGACUGCUCUACUCUUGAAAACAAAAAGAACCUAGAAAAUGAAUGUGUUACUGUGGCUUUUCUUUGGGAUCAGAAAAGAGGAUGGGGCUAGUGCUUAGAGGCAGCUACUGAGUAGGUGCAGAAAUGACUGUUGGCCAUACCAGUGCUCUUUGGCACGGCCUCCUUUUAGUUCCCCUACUUCUAGGCAGCGUUCCUCAUGUCCUCUCUUUCCCUUUCCCCAGACUGGGGAACCUCUCUCCUAGUUGACAUUUGCAGGUUGCACUUUGGGAAGUAGCUCUCUGGGGCAUUAGGAUGAGGAAAAGGAAUUUGCUGGGAGGUUCAGUACUUCCUUCAGCUUUUCCUCCUGCACUCAUAGACCUAAAACAAGCCACCUUUCCCCAGGGUAUCUUUGAGCCAACCCAAGAAGAUUAAAACUAUCUAACUGGUGAACCCAAAGAACGUCCACCUGUUUCCUUUGAGGUGCAGAGGGAAACCUAGGGCCACGUCAGGAAGUAUGGAGGACCCUUCCCAUGCGUGGGCCACCAAGGUGCCUUCUGUAACGUGCACUAUUUCAGUGGCAUGAAAAUGGGCACAGCUGGCUUACUGGUCUCUCUAGGCUAGCUCUUGAGAAGAAUCUGCCUGGUCCUUGGAUGUAUUUACGCUCAUUCUGAUGGCUGAGGAGAAAGCUGAGGAGGAGAAAAGGACAGAUACAGCAAUUCUUCUACUCAGUUACCUAACUAGGAGUUCUAUUCAGAAGGUGCAGGAGAGUGCCAAAGGGGAAAAUCUAGGCCCCCUUUCUUCCUUGCAACUCUUUUGGCUACACAAACAAGGAUGGAAAAGGAACGUACAGAGCAUUGACAGCAUUUUAGGAAUGCUGUUCUCAAUAGCACCUACCAAGUCAGAAUUUCCUCCUUCCUUCCUCCUUCCAUCCACAAAGAAACCCAAGCCCUUAUGGUGGGUGGUUGUUUCCUUUUAUCAGUCGCAAUGAGAACAAGAGUGUGCUAAGUCAAAUCACCUGUUUCUUAAGCUCAGGUAUGCAGAGGAGCGUGCAGAGGGCUAUGCGCAGCCCUGACGUACUCAUAUCUGCACAGACAACGCUUAAUGGUUUGUUAUGCGUGUGCAUGUAUGCUCAUGGGCAUGCAUGUAUACACAUGCACAGAGAAAUGAAGGAAGCUCAAGCAUGAGGUGAAAGUGAUUGGAAGUAGAAUUAGAGAAAGCUAUCUUAGUGAAGCCAGAGGCUUUGAAGUGAUCUAUUGGCUGGAAAUACAACUGUCAGAGGAUGGUCAAACACCACCUCCUCCUGCGGGAAUGCCUGUUUGUGCAACAAAACCUUUACAAUAUACCUUUACAAUUCUCAUCUUGUGAACAAAUUGCUGCAAGUUCUGUACAGAACGAAAAUGAUAUUCCUUAUUAACCUUGGCUGCUCACAGCCAAUACUGCAUUAUGUGUAAUUCUGCAACUCCUGGUAUCGACAGCACCUGUCUUGAUUACCCUGGCUUGUCCAGGGAAGUUUAAUAAGAUUUCCCUCCUGUUCUCCAUUCUGCUGCCCAGAAACAACAUUACACAACGUACUGCUGCACUCUUUAUAUCCCUGCAGUCAUGGCCAUUGUAGCCUAAACCAGCAGUGCAAGCUCCACUUUUUGAAGUUCCCAGGUGCCUGCCAAUAACCAGAGGCGCGUCACGUGCCGUGACUUUUAAAAUGUCUUUUUACGUCCGUCUCUGGAGGGAGGUGAGAAGAGGCAUUCCCAGAGCUUUUGUGUAGGCAGGGAAAACUGUGCUCAUAAACAGCUAGCACCUGAUGUAACAAAAGCCAGCCAGCCAUCACCCUAACGUUUCCAUUCCGCACCUGAGCUCCAAAAAACAUAAUGUAUUGAGGGCAGAACUAGGGCUCCAGGGGCAUGUGUUUCACAAGGAAAAGUCUCUCACAGUAUUUCAGAAAGUAAAG